CAGGAUAAAAGUCCAGGCAGGUGUCCAACUGACGUUAGGUGGGGUCAUUAUCGUGAUCUUCUGAUUAUGCUAUUAACCCGUACUAUGCAUUUAACUCCAAUUUCCCCUUUAAGCUCAACAGGUGCCCAGAUAGGUACCUAAAUAGGUACAUAGUACAUAGUACUUAGAACUUCUCGUCAAACACCAACCAGUGUCGGACGACGACUGCAUAUCUAUCAAUCUUACUCGAGAUGGCAGACUCCCAAAGUCUCUUCUCGGCGUCACUGCUCUCGAUCGACGACGGUGGUGGUGGUGGUGGUCUGCCCGAUGGCUUCACCAUCCGCCCGCUCGCGAGGAAUGACUAUGCCAAGGGCUUCUACGAGUGUCUUCGCGUGCUCACCUGGGUGGGCGAGCCCGCCGAGUCUGAAUUCCUCGAGCGCUUUGAUGAGAUGCGCGCUGCGAAGGACACGUAUUUCUUUGCGGUCGUGGAGUAUCGUGGACGGAUUGUGGGCACGGGGUGUCUUGUUGUUGAGAGGAAGUUUAUACAUAAUCAUGGCAAAUGCGGACACGUGGAAGAGAUCGCUGUGGCAAAAGAGCAUCAAGGCAAAGGACUAGGAUUGAAGAUCAUGCAGGCACUCCAGGCUGUAGCUGUUGCUGUAGGCUGCUACAAGAGUAUCUUGAACUGUGGGCCGCGCAAUGAACCGUUCUAUGGGAAGUGCGGUUAUCAUAAUUCAGGGAUUGAGAUGUCGAAUUACUAUGAGGAGGGGAAGGACUCGUAUCAUCGCGGCUGAAGUUCCUGGUGAUGCUUUGCUCGGGCAGACUCUGGUUAAAGUCGUCCCGUGGUGGUUAUUGAAAUGAAAAGAGUAAGAGCCGACAUUGCACUCUUACAUUCAGUUAUCUCCCAGAGAACUCGCGUCAGACUCCAAACCUCUCGGGAGGUAACAGCGUGUGAGGCUACCCAAGGGAAAGACAUUCUGGUAUACCAAUUACAUGUUACAAUCAACCCCGAAGGCGCGCAUGGCAAGAAAAGCGACGUCAAAGA